CCCCAUUGUGUAGCAUAGAUUGUCCUGAGAAUACAUCUUCUAAAUCUUUUUAAAGACACUUUAAAUGUUUUUAUUUCAUCCCAGUAAUCGACAAAGACUUGUUAUUUUGAAAAACUUUGAAAACCUUUUAGGUAAGGAGCUUGAGAUAUGAAUAAUCGUUUUAGUGAGGAUGAAGAAGUGGUCUAAUGCAUUGUCUUUGAAAAGCAGUAUGAAACGGAGACAGUAGUCUGCUGAGGUAACAGUCAUGCAGCUCCACAUGGCUCAAGGUACUACAUAAAGAUCCAGGAGGAGUCCACCCAUAUUCCCAGGCUUAUCCUAUUGUGUGAACGCUGAAAGUCCUAGUGAGUUGGAGAUUUGCAUUACUUGCCUGUGGCUGUGGGGUAGAUAGAGAGUUGGUCUUUGCAAACAGCUGGCUGACUCUAAUAACAUCUUCCAGAUAUGAUCACAUUAACCCAGAUAUGAAUCCACAGCUGUCUGCAUAGCACACCGUGCGGAGUCAUGAUUACUUCCACCCUAAACGCCCUAGUCCUAAAUGUUUACUUAUGUUUCCGAUUUGGCAGAGGCAGCCCUCAAGGCAAAUAAAUCACAAGCUGCAAGUCAGCCAGGCCUUUGACUGUGAAAAAUGGAGACUAAAAAGUUUGUGAGAGUUAAAGAGUAAAAGGUUUUCAGAUGUGAGUCCAGCCCAACUUGGGUGUGCUCCCUAUAAUUUGAGAGAGAGAGAGAGAGAGAGAGAGGACAAUCUUUUGAGCCCACCCCUUUAAAAGGCAAGACAAUCCUAAAGAAAUGCACUGGAGAGGGGAAGAGCUUGCUGCCAAGGCGCAGGGCAGACAGAUCCUCGAGGAACAUCUGGUAACCUAACCGCGGGUAACACCGAUCUGACAUCUGGUAACCGAGGGUAAUGCCGCGUCUAGCUGCUUCCACCGAUGUCUAGUUUCCUGUUAUGCCUUGCAGGGCUCGGUGUUAGAAGUUCAGGCUCAGUCUAGAUGGUCGUCAGUCAGUGAGGGAAACUCUCCUAUGUUCACUUUCUCUGACAUGAAGGGAGCGCUUGUUUUCUUUGCGGUGCUCCUCUCUGUUCUUUCUGAUGUUAGCCGCGAAGAGAGCGGAUUCUCCAGUGGAUUAGGUUGUGGGAAUAAGUAUGUUGACUGUGAACACUACUGUGACAUUUGUACGUAUAUUCCCACAAGGAUCGAGUGCUACGCUGCCUUAUUUGAGGAAAUCUGCUACAGGCCUUUUGUAGGUUCCAUGGAGUCAGUAAACAACACAGACUGGUGCAACUGGAACAAUGUGAAGAGGAAGUAUAACACCUUCACCAUGUGCACGGAGGCGAUAGCAGAGUGUCUGCUGAUCCCCUGGCCCAACAGGAUGGUGGAGAAUGAGUUUGUAAACAUCCACUCCAGGUUCUUCCGGGACUGUCCCAACGAGGCGCUGAGCGAUCCCCCGCCCAGCAUCGUGUUUGCCUUGGUGAUGACCCCCAUCUGCCUCAUCCCCAUCAUGGUGGUCCUGGUGGUGCUCAAGACCAAGAACGGAGAUGGCAGCUCCUGAUAGGACGUCCUGGAUCAGUCCUCAUCCACCCUGCCUCACCUCCAUGUUCAGACUCACUCUCUCCAUCCCCCGAGGAUUCAACACUAGGGCCAUUGACUCAACUAUUUUACAGAGAACUGCUUAUUGUCUUCCACCCACUGAUGAUUGGUUUAGCUCUGUGGAGUCCUAUCAAAACAAUCUCACAGCCCAAACACCUGACACAUGACCUUUUUGGAUGCACUGGUACAGAAUGAGUAGUACCACAUCGGCAUCGUCCAAGGAUACAGGGGUUCAAGAAAGGGUCCGUCUGUGUUGUGUAGCGUGUCAGGUCUACAUCCUCUGGGUUGCUUCUUGAAAACUCAUCUUCUCCACAUUCCUCGAUGCUCCUCUAACCAAAAGUGGCGACAGCCAUGUAAACGUUUCGGCUCCCUACACACCUUAGGAAAGUAUGUAAGAUAGUAGGGUUUAUGGACUUAUGUCAUUCUUGACAAUCCAUUCCAUGAGCAACUCCAUCCUGUCCCAGAUGUGAACCCUGACAGCGACUAUGGUUGCAUGUUUUACAAUAUUUUAAUUGUGUGUAUAUAUAUACACUUAUAUAUAUAUAUAUGUGAUUAAAGAAUGGCAAAAGUCAGGAUAUUCUUCAGCAUUUGUGGAAUUAUUGUGGUUAGGGGAGGAUGACAGAAGCUGUCAAGCUUGUUAAGAUGGCGGAAAAGCGAUUUUUGUUAGUGGAAUUCCUACCCUCUGGCUGGGAAAACGUGAGUCUUGUAUUGCUGGACAUUCCAAUUGAGUUGAUAACCAAUGACAAAGGCAUUCUGUUUGAGGAAUUCCAACUCACCAUUUACUGUACACUCAGAAAAAAAGGUGCUAACUAGAACCUAAAAGGGUUCUUCGGCUGUCCUCGUAGAACCCAUUGAAGAACCCUUUUUGGUUCCAGGUAGAAACCUUUUAAUAGAACCCCUUUGGGUUCAAAGUAGAACCCUUUCCACAGAGGUCUCUACAUGGAACCCAAAAAGGGCUCUCCUAUGGGGACAGCCGAAGAACCGUUUUGGAACCCUUUUUUCUAAGAGUGUAGUUAUCCGUAUAGGAUCUCCAUUAUGUUUGUUUCUGUAUGUAACUACAGAACAAAAUGUGAUGUACCCUCUCACCUGGUAGCUUUCCUGUCCUUAAAUGGGUUUUGUGUAUAUUGGAAUUGUAUGAUGCUUCUGGAGAGCCCUCUUUGCCCCCGAGUGUAGGGUUUAGAAUGUUUGCAGUAUGGGGCCCAUGAUGAAGGGGUUUGGCCAAGCAUUAGUCUGUGAGGAAGGUUAGGGUCAGGGACUAGACACAAUGUGUGAGUAGCCUACGCCCAACAUGUAGUCCAUGAAAUCUGUUUCCAGGAAUUGUCUAUUUCCCAGCAUUAAGGGCCCAGCGCCUCAACCUCUCUCUCUUUCUCUCUCUCUCUCUCUCUCUCUCUCUCUCUCUCUCUCUCUCUCUCUCUCUCUCUCUCUCUCUCUCCUUCUUGACGAUGACGGUCCCCACUGUCGCCCAUGAUGAGCCAGUUGACGCUUGCCUGAGAGAUGAAUCAAGCAUUAGAUCAAGACUACAGACAUUUGGUCUUCCCCCCGGCUCAGUGUAACAAUGAGCACUGACUGAAGACAGAAGGAAAAACCAAAUGUCUAUCUUUCCCCUUUUAUUAUGCUGUCGUGAAUGACACUGAAAGCACUGAAUUGCAUUCAGUUUCAGAAACAAAGAAAUAUGUAUGCUUAUGUAUUGUAUUUCUGCUCUUACUCUGGUCAUGACACUUACUGGACUUUGUACUGUCUGUAAGAGGGGUGUGGGUCUUAGUCAAAGCAUAGCCUCUUUCCUUACGCAAUGUACUGUAUAUAAUUCUAUUUUGCAAUUAAAUAUGCUAAAGCCAAA